AUGAAGUCACUCUCCAAUUAUGUUGCUUUCCCCUUCACUCUUUCUUCGCUUUUUCUCUUUCCGUCUUUGCCAUUCACGAGGGCCUACAUGAUUGAUUGGCGCAGUUGCACCCAACACGGCGUGGAUUCUAUCAAAGAUGCGGUGGAUGAAGCUCUCAACAUCGCCCAGUACGCAGUCUACCGUGCAAGCGAGAACAAUCCCCAACUUGGAGACGUGGCCAAGCAAGCGCUCGGGCCCCAUUGGAAGCAGAAUCUUGUCGAUCGAAUGAACGAUGUACCUAGGGCGAUUGGCCAGUACACUGGGGAUUACGACGAUUUGGUCCCAAAUGAUAACACCGUCGCAAUCCAUUGCGGUGAAGGGCACCUCACACGCAUCUCCAACACUCGGGAAGGUUUCGAUCAAAUCGUAGACAAACGAUUUCCUGAAAUUGGGUGGGAAGUACCGUCCGGCAGCAAUCCCUGUACGCCUGUCACCACUGCUUACAGAUACGACACGGACGACCUUACAGGACCACAUUCCGUCAUCGUCCUGUGUGACGGCGCUGCACCAGCAACUCUCAGCGCCACCAGGGUCAUUGGAGACAACUGGAAUGGCAAAUGGAGGGGUGAAGAUUAUGAUACUUUCGGCGGUUACACUUCGAGCACGCUAGUACACGAGUUCAUGCAUGCCAUCCGAAAGGGCAUAUCACACACGCUCCCUUCUGGGAGAGCGGAGACAUACGCUUUCGACGAGAUUAAGGCGCUCAGCGAUGAGGACAAGAUCAAGAACGCCCAAGGCUACUCUUUACUGGCGACAGGAAUGUGGCUGAGAUAUAACACCAUGGGCGCGGAUGGUGCGAUGGGCAGAAGGUUCAGUCGGAACAACCGACCUGCGCGAUCAGCGGUGGAGGAUGCAGAUUCCCAAGGCACGCCGGUUGUUGGGAGCACUUACAGUCGAGAUUAA